CAUGAUUAACAGAAUUGCGUUCAAGGCCGUCCGCCCAGCCGUUGGUAUGGCCAUGCGUCCAGCUCCAAUCGGUCUUCGUUACCUCUCUACCCCAGUUGAGCCAAAGGAAAAGGCCAACUCCAUCAUCGAAGCCUUGCCAGGUAACAACUUGAUCUCCAAGACCGGUAUCUUGGCCACCAGUGCCGCUGCCGCCAUCUACGGUAUCUCCAACGAAUUGCUCAUCAUCCACGAUGAAACCAUCUUGGUUGUCACCUUCGCCACCUUCUCUGCCUUGGUUGCCAAGUUCGUUGCCCCAUUAUACACCGAAUGGGCUGACGGUGAAAUCAAGAAGGUCAACGACUUAUUGAACGAAUCCAGAAACAAGCACGUCUCUGCUGUCAAGGACAGAAUCGACUCUGUCUCCCAAUUAAAGGAUGUCGUCGCCACCACCAAGCAAUUGUUCGCUGUCUCCAAGGAAACCGCUCAAUUGGAAGCUGAAUCCUUCGAAUUGAAGCAAAAGAUUGCUGUUGCUACCGAAGCCAAGGCCACCUUGGACUCCUGGGUCAGAUUCGAACAAGCACAAAGACAAUUGGAACAAGAACAAUUGGUUAAGUCCGUGUUAGAAAAGGUUAACAAGGAGAUCGAAACUCCUAAGUUCCAAGAAAGAGUUUUGGCUGAAGCCGUCGCUGACGUUGAAAAGUUGUUCGCUAAGAACUAAGGAUAAAAUUAGGUAUUUAUGAUCUAGAAUAAAGACGC